UAGCAAACCCUCUUUCAUUUCGUUAUGGCCGACGCUUCUGUCACGAUCAGGACUAGAAAGUUCCUUACCAACCGCUUGCUUCAGCGUAAGCAAAUGGUCGUUGAUGUAAUUCAUCCCGGCCGUGCCAAUGUUCCCAAGGAUGAACUUCGUGAGAAGCUCGCCAAGAUGUACAAGGCUGAGAAGGACGUCGUCUUCUGCUUCGGUUACAAGACCCAGUUCGGUGGUGGUAAGACCACUGGCUUCGCUCUUAUCUACGAUACUUUGGAGGCUGCCAAGAAGUUCGAGCCCAAGUACCGUCUUGUCAGACACGGUUUGGCUGAUGGCUCCAGAACUGCUCGCAAGCAACGCAAGGAACGCAAGAACCGUGCCAAGAAGUACCGUGGCACCAAGAAGGCCAAGGCCGCUGGUGCUGGCAAGAAAUAGAGUGUUUGGAUCUCUUAAUAAAACAGAAGCUACCGCACCUAUUGAAAUAUUUCACGAAAUACGUCUAUAGCGUUGGGUCAUGAAUGGGAUGGUGUCGCAC